AUGUUGAACGGGUUCCUGUCGAACAGCACCGACGACAGUUUUGUGACCAGCAGCGAGCUUCUUCUUAAGCGCCGCUACCGUGGUCGCUAUGAAGCCAUCUUGAAGGCUGAAAAGGCCAAAACUGCGAGUGACCAGUCCAAAGUGCAUCCUUCGAGGCACUCGAACCCCAGUGACGACACCACGCUUCUGGAAGCUGACGCUGUCAGCAACCUCGGGAUCAAGCUCAAGGAGCAGGACGUGUUGCCGCUAAUUACGCGAGGUCUUGAAUUCUACCCCCUCGCUGGAGCCCCUGAGAGUAUCCAGGACUUCGCAAAGUUCGUGUACGACAGCCAAAGCGCAGCUUGA